CGAUUUUAGGCAUUUGCGUCACCAGGGUGGGAAUUACUAAUUACUGUAGAUUCGUGUUUCCAUAGGUUGAAGGUGUACCCCUUUUUGUUUUAGGUAAUUUUAUCGAGUUGGAUGUCGAAGUUACUUAAUAAUCACGCAAAUAAACAAAAUAGUGACACUUAAACGGCCGAUAGUUUCUUUAGUGCAGUAAAACGAGUUUUCCAGAAAGGACUGAAAGAGAUGUGGGAAUAAUGAACAAGUUACAAGAAAAUCAGGAUUCGUCUGAAAGGAACUGGAUCUACUUUGGAUUGGAUUCCUGGUUGGUGAAUUUUUUCUGGUGAACAUAUGUUAUCACAUUGUACCAGUCGGAUGGGAAUGGGAGAAGAGUCGUUAACAUGAGUGUGAUUUUGUGCAAAUAGUAAGAAUGGUAGUGUAGUGUGAAAGUAGUGUUGAGAUACAUAAAUUUGCAAAUAAUCACCUAUCUGGGCCAGUCGUUUGUACUUCAAAUCUUAAGAUGGGGCAGUUGAUUUUUAUGUUUAAAGUUCUCACUAGGUGAGGCUUAAGUUUCGUGGAAUUCCCUGAGACCUAGUUAACGACCUAAUGUACAGGUGAUCUUAUAACGAGGUUACGUUAUUUGUUCCAUUUGGAAUAAAGCCUUUAAUGUGUAUUCACUCAAGCAGCUUCAUUUAUCUGAGCAGUUUAUUCGUACCUUACAGCGUAUUCCUGUAAUACCUUAAGAUGGUUGAAUGUCUUUGCAUCUCAUCCUGACUUCCAUAACGUACUGAAUUAAUUACCUUCACAGAUCUAUUUGUUAUAAUGUAUUGUAUUAUAAGUAACUGUAAACUCUUCAUCUAAUAAUAAUAAUUUCUGUUUAUUUCCUUCUACAGAUAUUUAUCUAUAAUGAUGAGUAGAUUUUGGAGUGGUAUCGCUGACGCAGUGCAUCCGUUAUCACGAACUGGACAUUCGGCAGUAUCUCAUGGACGAUAUAUUUAUGUCCUUAAUGGAUAUGGUCCUCAUAAUAAUAAGAUGGUUCUUAUUGAUCAAGUCGGUUUAACACGAUAUGAUAUAUUAACAAAUUGUGUAGAAUUGUUGCCUGUCCAUUGGGAUAUAAAAUCGCUACAAUAUCAUAUGUUUAAUGAAUCGAUCUUGUUAACAUCUGGCGGCAGUGCUGUCAUUGUCAAUGAUACAGAUACAGAACCUGCAUGUAUUUAUACAUUUGGUGGAUAUUCUAUCCUAGGCAAUAUUCAUGUGAAUGCAUUAUGUCGAAUUCAAUUAGGCGGUUCUAAUUUAUCCAAAGGUUGUAAAAAAUCAAAUCAAAAAAGCGCAAAACAAUUUUCAAAAGAAUUUAAAUCACAACAUUGUUAUCGUUGUUGUCAUGCCUCAGUGAUAAGUGGACAUGGUAUUCUAAGUUGUCUAGCUUAUCUAUCACAAGACAAUGCUUUACAUCAAUGCCUUACACUAACAAUGCUAAAAUCAUUUCAACGAAAAUUAGAAUAUUAUCAUUAUAAUAAUCCUUAUCAUAAAGUUCAUAAGAUACAUAAAAGUGAUAAUUGUCAUCAAUUAAUUCCAUCUCCACGUGAUAAAUUAUGCAUGGAAUAUUGGCAUGGUAAAUUAUAUGCAUUCGGUGGUUAUGGACCAAAUUUUAUGCCAUCAUCUACAUGGCCUAACGAUCUAUUCCAUUGGCCGUAUUUACACGAUCCAAAUGAUACAAGUAAUUGGAUUAUGUGUGAUGCUAACGGUGGAUGGAAUAGUCAACUGUUGGUUUAUGAUCUUCAAAAAAAUUCUUGGGAAUUAAUUAAACAAUCUAACAUGACUGGUUCUUUUCCAUCACCACGUGCAGCUCAUUCAUCCACUAUCCUAUCAAAUCAUGGUUGGAUGAUUAUAUUCGGUGGACGUGGUCCAACAAGUAAUCAUCGACAAGAACAAUUACAUCAAUUCAAUGAUUUUGAUAUGGGUCGAUUAAAUGAUAUGUAUUGUUUAGAUUUAAAUAUUAUGCAAUGGACAAGAAUUUUAACCCCAUUGGAUAUACCCUAUCUAGGCAGGAAUUGUCUACUGACACCACCACCACAAGUAUCUACAAGUAUUUGGCCAUGUGGUAGAUCAUGGAUGGGUAUGACAGUGAUACAUGAAUCCUCGCCAUCAUUAUUAAUGGAUGAGUCUGUAUGUAAUGUCUGUUAUUAUCAUGAUGAUGAUGAUAAUGAUGAUGUUGGUGAUGUAGGCAGUGACGAUGCAGCUCAAUUAUUUCUUCUCGGUGGUUGGUCAAAUCACAAUGAAGCUUUAGAUGAUGCCUAUCUGAUAAAUAUUCAUUUCUGUAGAAAGCAUAAAUCCAUAGAGGCUAAGAUAGCAAAUUCUACAAAGACAACGUAUACAAGUCAAAGAAGUAGUACUUCUAGCUACUCUACUACUACUACUGCUACUACUACAAAUAAAACGUCUACUUCGUUUAUUAAACCAAUACAUGAUUUUAAUGUCAAACCAACAGUUGUAGAUGGUUUUACAUGUUUAUAUAAUAAUAUUAAUAAUAGUAUUGAGUUUAGUAAUUAUUCAGCUUAUUAUGAAUGCACUAAAUUAUUUCUAACUUUUGAUGGUGAAAUCUUAUCAAAUGAAACCUUCUACAUAUCUCUGAUUAAAUCACUUUAUACCUGUUCAGUGCCUUCCUCUACUACUGAUUUGCUGAAGGCAAGUAGUAGUAGUAAUAAUAAUAAUAAUAACUAUGAUCAUAUUGACAAUGGAGUAGAUUAUAUGGAACUUUUUCUACACGAUAUGAGCUAUCAUUUAUUUGUAUAUCAAAAGUUGUCUUUCAAUGUUAUGAACAACGAGGCGAAGAAGGAAUUGAACAACAACGAGAGAAUAAAUCCGAAAAGUGUACUUUAUCGUAUCGCUUUAAUGCAUACUAUAUUUAUACAAUAUCUAGUGAAAAAUUAUUCUCGGUAUUCUAUACCUUCUUCUUUAUGUUCGUGUUCGUUGUCGUCUAUCGCUUCGUCAUCAUCAUCAUCAUCUUUGGCAGGAGAAGAAGGCGGCUUUGCUUCUUGUAGUCGAUUAAUAGAGAUAGUGAAUCAAUUGUGUGCAAAUUGUUAUGAAUCUCUACAUCAUCAACAACAACAAUGGCAGCAGCAGACUGUACCACUAAGUUUAGUCAUCAUGAUAGGCAUUCUGUUGAAAUUUAUGCUCCCGUGGCAAAUAUUUCAAAUGUUAUUACAAGAAGGAGACAAUAAUAAUACGAGUAAAUAUUUUCUUAUAUCCUUUAUCCCUCUAUUUGGUGUAUGUGAACGUUUCCCGCAAAGAUUACACUUACCAUGGUUAUCAACAACUUCUCCUUGGUCGUUGUCAGUGGCGGAAGUGCAUUCAUUAGAUUUGAAUAAUCACUCAAUAAUUAAUCAGUUUAUUAAGUCAAUGCAUAUGAUCAAUAUGCCUACAGAACGACUGGCACAGAUAUAUGAACAAUUUACACGGAAUUUUAUAUAUGAUCGUUUCAUGUAUAGUUUAUCAGAGAUAGUCAAAUCCACGUAUGAUUGGUAUAGUAGUCGAUUAGAACAACCGUUAUCUAAUACCAUACAAGAUAAAUUAUCUAUUCUAUCAAAAAUAACCAUGAAAUAUUCACUUUUAUCCAAAUCAUUCCCGUUAUCACAAUCAUUCCGACAGUGUGAACCGAUUGAUCGUCAUUGGCAUAGAAUUACGCUUGGUUUAAAUGGUGUUGUAUAUGCUAUAGGCGGUACAACUAUCGAGGCAUUGAAUACACCAAUUGAAUGUUAUUAUUUUAAUCCACCCGCGGGUAGUUUAAAAAUUCAAUGUUUUACAAAAGUAACAAAAUUGAUUCUAUCCAGUGUUUAUAAUGCAAUACAAAAGAAUUUAUCCGCAGAAGGAGACGGAAUAUAUGCAAAGAAGAAGUGA